UAACAUCUCUCGUCUUGGCCAUAUUUUCAUAUUUUGGCCGUUCUCUAGAAGUCUUCAGUCGCCAGUAGCUGAUAAAAAAUUAAAAACCGAUCACCUCCUCUUCCGGCAAUGGCGGAAGCUCAAACCGAAAAGCGUCCUUCCCUAUCUGAGCAAUAUUUGCUGAAGGAGAAAGAGGAGAAAUCAGAUGUGGCUACAAAAGCAGCAGAUGCAAAAGAUGUCGAAAAUCCAGUGAAUGCUUCUUCUGGAGAAGUUUUCAUUGAGAAAGUGGAGACUCCUGCUGCUUCAGUUGAGGAAAGCACUGAGGCUCCUCCUGCUCCAGUUGAGGAAAGCACUGAGGCUCCUCCCCCUGCUGCUGCUGAGGAAAGCACUGAAGCCAAUACUACUGCUGAGAACAGUGCUGAGGAUGCUUCAGCUGCUGCCGAGGAAAGUACUGAACCUACUUCAGAGGAGAACUCAGGUGAUGCGGAAGAAACACCAGAGAUAAAGCUUGAGACUGCUCCAGCAGAUUUCCGCUUCCCAACUACAAACCAAACAAGGCAUUGCUUCACCCGAUAUAUUGAGUACCAUCGUUGUGUAGCUGCAAAAGGAGAAGGUGCUUCAGAGUGUGAUAAGUUUGCCAAGUAUUACCGUGCCCUUUGUCCUGGAGAAUGGAUAGACCGAUGGAAUGAGCAAAGGGAGAAUGGUACUUUUCCAGGUCCUCUGUAGAUGGUACCUGUCAGUAAAAUCUUCUUGUGGUUUUCUUCUAUUAUAACAACUGUUAACCACAGUGAAUUUCUCGAAUGAAAAGAGAAUUUGAAAGGAUGAGGUAAUAAGAAAUUUUUCCAUCUGCCCGUAGACUAAGAUCAAGGAUGAUACAAUGUGUUGCUCAUAAAAGGAAGUUAUUACUCAUCGGUACCAUGAUGAAACUGUUUUUCCUUUCUAUUUUUAUUUUUUUUCUGCUGCAACUAUCAUGCAGUUGCAGGCUAUUGAGGUAAAGUAUACUAUAUGAUAACAAGUACAUGUAACUUUGUUAUUUACAAUGUCCAAGCAUUCCUAGUGUCGUGCGGGGGAAUGUUGUACCUGUAUGUGUGGUCGCAAUCUGUGUUAAAGACCUUAGGAAAGAUAUCAGCUACAAGUUAAAUGGUGUAGUUGAAAGGGUAGAGACCCUCAUUGCCUCCAUGUUCCCAAAUUUUCAACAGUAAAAUAUAUUUUUUUCGUC